AUGCCUGAUGUUGAAUUUGAAACUUGUUAUCAUAGUUACGAGGUAUCCCCCGAAGAAGACGACAACACAGUGUCUUCAGCAAGCCUGUGUAUGUCACCCACUUCGGUGUGCGACCAAACUGCGGGCGAGCCCGUGUGCGCCUCCACGCCCAUCGUGCACAAACCGCUCACCAAUGGACACGAUGUCGUGGACAACAAACAGACUUGUGUCAACAAUAAUGACGUUGUCAAUGGAAAUGUUAAUGUAUCUGUCGUUUCGGAGUAUGUGAAUAGCAUGGAUGUUCUAAGUGGUGGCGAAAGCGACGCUGGCGAUACACUCACAAGGCGAAACAAUAACAGCAUUUCGUCCACUCUACUGGGCACGCUUCGCGAAGGUGUCAGUGACGGUCCUCGUAAACGAAACAUGGAUAUCACAUAUUUUGUUGCCAAGGAACUGCUGAUGACUGAACGGACGUACAAAAGGGAUUUGGAGCUCAUCACAGUGAAAUGGAGCGCAUGUGUUUCGGAGCUAGCGUCUGUUGGUGACGAGGCGAGUGCUGCACUUGCUCGAGCUUGCCUUGCCCUGGAACCUCUCGCACUGCCUAAUGGCAAGUUGCUGGCCAAACUCGACAGGCUACUGGCUAAUGGGAACCGAGGUGAUGAAGGAGAGGAGCCAGAGUACAAGAAAAUAGCUGAUGUACUUUAUGAACAUCUAUCGAGUACAGAUAAAGCCUACCUCUGGUAUAGUAGUCGCGCAGGGUCUUUAGUCGGUGUAGUGGAGAGUGUCAGGCGCAGCAGCGCCAGCGCAGCGCGUGUGGCGGCGGAGUUCGACUCGCGCUCGCCCCUGCCGCUGGCGGCGCUACUGCUGCGGCCGCUGCAUAGAGCGCUGCACUACCAUCGACUAGCUAUCGAGUUAUACAACGCCCUGGAGAGCUCGUGGUCGGUGCGCGCGCUGGAGGUGGGCAGCCGCGUGGCGCUGCACGCCAGCGACCAGCUGCAGCACGGAGAGAACCACGCCGCGCUCUGCCAGCUGCAGCGGGACAUCACCGGAUACGACAAGUUACUAGUUGCAGAGAGAGAGUUUAUUAGAAUGGGUUGUGUUUACAAACACUCGUCGCGAGGGCUCCAGCAGAGAAUGUUAUUUUUGUUUAGCGACGUGUUGGUGGUGACGUCGAAGUGCGGCGCGAGCACGUUCCGCGCGCACGCAGCCUUGGCGCUGCACUCGCUGGCCACGGCGGGACACGACCUGCCGCACUCCUUCACGCUCACUGGUCCCGACAUAAAUCUUCUAUUCAGUGCCCCCAAUGAUAUUGAGUACAGAGGGUGGUGUGACGCUCUACAAGCGACUUUAGAACUCGCUAAGAAGUUGUAUCCAGAGGUGGACACAGAACUGACGCCCUACGAACAAGAGGUUCAAGCAGAGACGUCUCAGAGCAGUGGCGGUGGUGGUCUGGCGCACGUGUGCUGGCAUCGCGUCACGUCGCUCGACCGCUCACAUCUACAUCUCGCCAUGAGGACCCAGUUGUCAGGGUACCUGUUACGCAAGUUCAAGAAGUCGCCGGGCUGGCAGAAGCUGUGGGUUGUGUUCGCCGUGUACACACUUUUCUUCUACAAGAGUUGGCAGGACGACACACCACUCGCUUCUUUGCCGCUCUUGGGGUACAGUGUUUGCACACCAACCUCUGAGGACGGAAUCGACAAAGAGUUUGUGUUCAAACUGCAAUUCAAGAACCAUGUUUACUUCUUCAGGGCUGACAGCUACUACACAUACAACAGGUGGACGGAAGUUCUCCAGAGCGCGAUGAUGCGACCCACCCCCAACUGA